CUUCCAGUGGUACCCGAAGUAUCGAUAGCCCUCGUCGUCCUCGCAGUCAUUGUAGUUGUCCUCGUGGGUGGGGUGGCGCGUGGGAUGCCGGGUCGGUUUCCUCGUGGGCUUGGAGGCCGAUCGGUACACGGCCGCGGAACAGAGGUUCACGUACCCGGUCGAAAAAUACACCUGCAGCUCGUAGUGGCCCCUGUACAGAUACACGUUCUUCCAGACCACGUCGCUGAAGUCGCGCCAGCCGUACGCCGGAACGUCGAUCUCCUUCCCGAAGGGCGCCCGGUCGUCGGCGGUGAGACGGAACCGGAUGUACUUGCCGUACAGGUUCGUGGAGACCCUGGCACGGACGUUGUACCGGCCCUCCUCCUCUGCGAAGAAAUCGUACUGGAGCCAUUCUGGGCAGGCAGCAACGAAACGAAAGAACACGGCAGAGCACGAAACAGAACAAGUGAGCAAACCCGGGGCACGAACGUUCGAACAAGAGGCGCGACAGGACUCCUUCGGUUUUCGUGUGCUUACCACCCGGACGGGUCCAACCGAUGUGGCAUUCGCUGUCGUCUCGAUUGAUGCAGACCUUGUCGCUGGUAUACGAUCCGUCCACGCCGUCGUCGCGGUCGCCCUUGUGACAGUUUCCCUCGUAGGCAUAGCUGUUGUCGUAGGCGACACUGUACUCAAAGGCCGACCAUUUCGCGGGCGUCGAUCGUGUCGGCUCCGGGUGGUGGGGAGAAGGAGUCGGCUUAGGGGUGGGCUUCCUGGUGGGUUUUUUGUGGGGGGCGGGCGUGGGAUUCUUGUCGCUCCAGUCGACGCGGAUGCUGCACAUGUUGAUGUUGCCAUCGGUGAAGGUUACCACGACUCUGUGGUGAUCGUACAACAUGUCGAUGGGAACCCUGCGCCAGGUGACGUCGUAGAAGUCGUCGAAACCCUUGCCCUUGGUUCGGAAUUGCUCGGUUUCGUCCGCAUUUCGACCGUUGAAGAGUUUCAUUUCGAAUUUCUUCGGGUUUUUGCUGGACACGCGGGCCGUGAUGUCGGCGUAUCGCUUUCCAUCCGAGCCACUUGUCUUGAAUUUGUAGGUGACGGACUCUCCCUCUUCCGUGUACGAGAUCUGGCAGGGUCCGGUCUCGCGACAGACACUAUCUUUGGUGGUUUGUGCAUCUGGUUCAUCGAGGGGGGGCUGUCCAGCUUUGCAAUUUCCUUUCACUUUGUUGUCCUUUUCAACGGCAUCGUUGUAGUCCAGGGCGUUAGCGACAAAAGGAACAUAUCGGUCGGUUGCCUCGGCCUGCCGUAACAGCAAACCGAGAAAAAGAAGAAGAACGCUGAAGCGAGAGCAAGUGCUUGCCAUUUUUACUACCUUGUUGUGUCAAUCCAACGAAUGCAGAGAUUGUAAUUUCCAGAGCCAAAAAUUAAAAUGAAAAAUAAUGC